AUGACCACUUGUGAAAAUUCCAGCCUUCAUCAAAUCACUGCUACAGAACAACCUUCUAAUAUAUCAACAGAUUUUAUUUUCUUGGAAAAGACUACGUCUUCCAAUGCUACAAUGAUGACGACAACUUCAGAGAAUACAUUAGAUGAACAAUAUGCAAACAGUUUAGAUAGUGUUGAAACGGUUAGAGAAAUAGUCAGUACAGAUUUAUCAGAUGGUCAUUCAACUAGAACUACUGUGACUGAAGUGAUGUUUAAUCAGUCAAAAUGUAAUAAUAAUAUGAAUAGAUGUGUUACUACUGCUACUUCUAAUACAACUGCUACCGGAGAGAAGAUGGUGACAUUUUGCAAUUCUAUUAAUUCUCAUAUGUUAUCAUCAGAUUCCUUUGUUGAUACUACAGCUAAUGAGGAUAGAUGUAACAGUAGUAGUUGUAAUCAUAUGGGACGAAAAUUUGGUUUAGCUGAUUAUCUGACAAAACAACGUCUUAUAGAUCAACUUUUAAAUUGCUUUCGUCCUUUUAUCUAUUUAGUACAAAAGGAGAAAUCCUUUCAAUCAACAGAUCAAGAUCUUCCAUGGGAAGUACCAUUUGAAUCAGUGACUGAUUUAGUAUGGAUUGGAUCUGGUGCACAAGGUGUAGUAUUUCGUGGUUAUUUUCGAGGUGAAUUAAUCGCUGUAAAAAAGGUCAAUAAACAAUCUGAUACAGAUAUUCGUCAUCUACGCUACUUAAAUCAUCCAAAUAUAAUUAAAUUCAGAGGAGUUUGUGUAGAACAACCAUGCUAUUGUAUACUAAUGGAAUAUUGUCCUUAUGGUCAAUUGUAUGAGUUAAUUCAUUCUGGUAAUCCAAUAUCACCGUCGUUAAUUUAUUCAUGGAUUAAACAGAUUGCUGAUGGGAUGCAUUAUUUACAUUCAUGUAAAAUUAUUCAUAGAGAUUUAAAAUCUCCAAAUGUUCUAGUUGGUUAUGAUCAUGUACUGAAAAUAUCUGACUUUGGUGCAUCUCGUGAAUGGACAGAAAAUUCUACUAAAAUGUCAUUCACAGGUACUGUUGCUUGGAUGGCGCCUGAAAUAAUACGUAAUGAACCGUGUUCUUUUAAAGUCGAUGUAUGGUCAUAUGGUGUACUUUUAUGGGAGUUAUUAACUGGUGAAAUCCCAUAUCAUAAUGUAGAUUCAACUGCAAUUCUAUGGGGUGUUGGUAGUGAACACCUUCGGUUACCAGUUCCAAUGACAUGUCCUUCUGAAUUACGUGCUCUUAUGAAAACAUGCUGGAAUAUUAAACCGGGGAAUCGUCCUAGUUUUCGUCAAAUCCUAUCUCACUUAAAUGUUACUUGUUCAAGUUUACUUCAGUAUACAGACGAUGAAUUCAAUUCACUACGUCAGUUAUGGAAAGAAGAAAUUGCUAUUUACUUACAAGAUAUACGUCUUGAAGGACAAUCAACUCCUAAACUGGAAUUAAUGCUUAUUCGUCGUCGACGUGAAGAAUUAUGUCAUGCACAAGAUAUUCGUCGAUGUUAUGAAGAUAAACGUGAAAGAGCUAAUGAAUUAUGCUUAGAAUUACAAAAACUUUUAAUUGAAUGUGAAGAAGAAAAAAGAAAAGCUGAACGGGAACGUCUUUAUUAUGAAACACUGAUUCAAGAGCUUAGCACCAGUCAACAAGAACAACACAAGCAUAUGAUAGGCGCAAAAGAAAGUCGAGAAGAAGAGAAAUCAAAACAGUCAGAUUAUGAUAAUCAUCAUAAUGCUGUCAUGACUGUUACAACUAACUUCAAUAGUAGUAGUCGUAAACAAUUUCCAUUUUCUACAUUAUCAACCUUUUCAUUGGGACGUAAACUGAAUGAUUUCUACUUUCGUCGCCGAAAUAAUCAUCUUCAUCAUCAUCAUCAUCAUCAAAACAAGCCUACAACACAGUCACUAUCAUUGCCAAUCAAUAAUUCAAAUACACCUGUACAUACUGCUAUUAUUACUACUACUACUGUUGCUGCUUCUACUACUACUACUACUAAUAAAGCAAAUAUAAGUAGUAGAAGUGUUCUAGGGAGUAUGGAGUUGUUAAGAAAUCCUUAUACUCUAUUAAGUCCAUACAAUAAAAAUAAUUAUUAUCGAAGUAUGCUGAGGAAUGAUAUCUUGACAGCUCUUAUCAAUAAUAAUCAUAACAAUCGAAAUACUAAAAGUGUUUGUGCAUUUUGUGGUAGUAUAUAUUCUGAUACAGAUAGAUUGUUGACAUCUUCCUCUAAUCAUCACCGUAGAGCAUUGACUAUGUCUAUGCUUGAAUAUGAAUUACUUGCAAAAUUGGAUUUGGAUAAAACUGCUUGUUCAUUGGUACAUGAUGAAUUGACUGAUUCAUGGUUGUCAAAUUCUCUAACACGCAGUACAAGGAAGCAAUUUGCCAGUACAAAUAGUUUACACUACCUUGUGCCUCCACCACCACCUGCUUAUGAUUCUAUAAUGAAAAAUGAUCCAAUCAAAAAUUGUUACAUUUCACCUAAACAUUCUGUUCAUCAUCAAUAUUCUCCGCCAGCUUCGAUAGCAAUAACACCAGCAACUAGCAUUACUACUGCUUGUAAUACUACAUAUGUAAAUGUAUGCAAAGAACGUGAUAAUUGUAAAUCACCUAGUCAUCAAUAUUAUCAUCAAAUCAAGUUGACUGAUGAUAACCAUCAUUGUCCUGUUACAGCUUUUAUCAAGUCAUCAUCAUCAUCGCCGUCAUCGUUGUCACCAGCAAUGAUGUCAGUCAAUGAUGGAAUCAAAAAUACCAUUGCUUCGACUGUGACUAUUACUACUGCCAAUGCGAACACCAACAAACAGUAA